CCGAUAGGCAAGGCAUACAUACUUUUUUGGAAGCUAAAAAAAAAAACAAAAACAAAAACAACACGAACAAACGGCAACACACAAAUAUUGCGUUGGUGGUAAGGAGUCAAACAAAAAAGCAAAAUUCUGGAUAUCCUGGCCAUUGCAGAUCGGCUAAGCACUCUGCUCGACAUGUCCCUGCAGAUUGCUCGCAACAACAAUGAUCGCCAUAAUCACAAUAACAAUAACAACAAUUGGGGCCAAGCUCAACAGCAGCCGCCAGCUGAUUUGGUGGAGGUUUACGUGCUGUUUGUAAAUCAAACAAAUCGGACAAUAGAUCUUUACUGGAAAUGUGAUAGGGAUACGGAGAAUAUGUACUUGACUUUAAAGCCAAAUGAGGAGGUACGCGUGAAUACAUUCAGUACACACAGUUGGUUCUUUCGGGAUUACUAUAGUGGCGAACGAAUGCAUGUGCGAUCCAAGCGUCUCUUUAAUCCUGUGCGCAUUCGUGUGCCCAAGAAUCCUCAGUACCCUGAUCAAUUGUGUGAUGUACGCAGCCAAGUGAUAAUCCAAUUCCCCCUAAGAAAGUUAAAGGAGAAUUGCUUGUGGUUGAUUGUACGUUGGCUAGUCCGCACCAGUGACGAUCCAAGGGAAACUAUACAAAAUUAUCCCAUACCUGCUACCCUGAAGGAACAAAUGUUAAGCAUUAUUAUGGCCAUUGAGGCGUACUCCAGACAGGCUGGAAGUCGACGUACACACAUUAUGGGCAUUAGAAGAUAAAUCGGUACAAAAACUAGACGUAGACGAAGACGACAAAGGUUUUUUGGUUUAGUUAUUAGUUUUCCUGGUUCUAUAAUAUAAAUAUAUAUACAUAUUUGUAAAUUUAAGUGUAAGGAAUGAAAAGCCAAGCUUGAAUUCCAAAACAAUUAAAUAAGUUGCAUUUUA